ACCACCUCCGCCCCCCACACCUGUUCAGGCUCCUGCACCGUCGACAUCGGCAGCGAUGGCGACAAUUGAUACCGAAGAUGACGAAGCAAAUUCUGAGAAAUGGGAAGAUCCUUGUGCCCCACCGCCACCGCCCCCCCUUGCCUAUUAAUAAUAGUCAAGGUUAUGUCAAAUUGACAGCCAUUAAGCUAAAGGAUGCGCUUGAGGAAGCGAUUACCAAAAUGGAGAGCAACAAGAGGGAACAACGAAGAUCGAAAAUUAAGUCUGUGCCUGUGUUGGAUGAUAUGAAAAGCGAUGUCAAUGUCCUCCAAAUGUCGCCUACUUGUUUGAAUAAUACGCGUACACCAACAAUCAACACCUCUCAGGAGAUGGUCUUGCAUCCCAAGUGCAACAAGCCCGACGUUAUCCUCAAACUAGAGCGUGAACUAAAAAUUAAUAAUCUGCUGGCCAAGCAGCAUCAAACGAUGAUCAUAUCACAGCAAGCCAUACCUUUGCCAUUCCUCGAUGACGACACGCAGGGCCUGAUGACACUCCAGGUGCUCUCGGCACGCGCCUCAACACCAUACACCCAACCAACUAGUCAGAUGGCAGUGGGCUGUGAUCUGCAGCUUAGUCCAACGCCGACGGUUGCCAAAGGAGAUGCAGAUGUGGGCAAGAAACCAAUGAUGACCACAGUCACCCAAAAGCGGAGCCUUUCAAGCACUACAACAUCAUCAAUGACGACUGGAAGUCUUCGAUUACCCAAAUUGCGUUCGACGCAAUCGGCAAUGCCGUUGUCCAGCAGCAACAACAGUAAACCAUUGCAACAGUAUACGCGUCAGCAUCUGCUGGACAUACGUCAUCGCAUGAUGCACGCCUUGAUGCAUCGCUCCAAGGAAUCUUUGAGCUUUAGCAUGCCGCGCAUUGCGACCUGUGAUGACAUUGAGUUGGAGGCGCGACUGCGCCGCAUGAAUCUCUGGCGCAUCGUCGAUGCUGCUGUAACACGCAGCACUCAACCACAGCACAGCAGCUUUAAGCCACGCACCAGUGGCAGCAAUGAGUGCAUGCCCGCUUUCUACAAGAACAAGAGCAAGCAACAGCAACAGCUGCUGGCUGAUGAAUCCAUCAUACAGAGUCAACCGCCGCAACCACAGCAAGAGUUCCAGGAUCCUGCCAUUGUUAAUCAACGACGCAUUGGAAGCGGACGAUUAUCGCACACAAAGUGGACGUAUAAUAACAAUGAUUACAAACCCGAAUACAAACCACCAUACAAUGGUCAUCAAACCACAGCCAUGGGAAAAUCCCACAUGGAUGAUAUGAAGCAUCAUAACAACAAUAACAACAUGACUGUUUUGAAAUUCUUUGAUAAUGGCGAGAUUAGCAGCACCACCCAAAUGAAUGCAACUCAACAGCAACCGAAUGGACGCCCUAAUACACCCAUCAUGGGCAUGUCCAGUAAUCACAAUCGUUCGGAGAAUGAGAGCUUGAAAUCAAAUGAAUCCACAGAUGAUCUAAAUCGAGCGAAUGAGAACUAUGUGAAGCGUGUAAUGUCGGGAUUCUUGGUGGUUUCUAAGCCCAAAUCAAAGGAAACGGAGGAGCGACACCAUCGUCGUUACAGGCAAAACAAUAAUGAGGAACCCGAGUGGUUUAGUUGUGGUCCAACCUCGCGACUUGAUAUCAUCGAAUUGUGUGGCUUUGAUGAGGAAGAGGAGAAGUUGCUCAAGGAGGGAAAGCAAAAUGACAGCAGUAUCAAGCAAAAGAUGGAAAAGAACAAAUACAAAUGGCAGCAUAACAGCAGCAAUAGCAGCAACAGUAGCAUCAACAAAGCAAUGCCGAAGAACGACAGCAACAACAAUUGCAGCAGCUUGGAAAACAUGAAUAAAAUGCAUACCAUGGAGCAACAUCAUGUCAAGGAUGAGAAGCGUCGGUCGACUGGACAGUUUGAUAGAUUCAAUCAUUACAAUUAUGGACGUGUUGAGGGCAACUAUCAGCAGCAACAGCAGCAGCAGCAACAGCAGUUGCACCAACCGUCGAAUGCUGCCAGCAAUAACAACAAUAACAAUUCCAAAUUCAUGUCUUUCUUUGCUCGCGAACGCAUGGAAAAGAAUAAUUCUUCGUCAUCUCUCAAUGAGUUCUUUAAGCAGGCAAUAUGUACCAAUAAUAAUAACAACAACAGUUGCCAGAAUCUCGAGCAACCAAAGAGCUUGGGUUACAUCAAUCAAAUGCCAUCGGUGGAUCAGCUAGAAGCCAAGUGGCGUCGCAACUCGUUGGGCAACACUAACGAUGCAUCCGGAGGGCCAACAACAGUGGGAGCAACGACCACUAACAACAACAAGCAGGCGGAUAAUUUCCAAAAGUUAAUUGGUGCAUUGAAUGGAGCAAAGCCAUUGAUGGGUCAGCAGCCUUCUCAACAGGCACCACAAGUGGGCAACGAUGCCAUCUCUAAUUUCAUUAUGCAGCAGCAACAAUAUCAACAGCAACAGCAGAAGCAACAUGUGCUCAUCCAGGAGCAACAGCAGCGCACCGCUCUUCUGGCCAACCUUCAGCUAAAGGUCAUUUUAGGACGGCCCGAUACACAGCUGCUGCUGUUGCGCCUAACCAAAGGUGAAAUAUCAAAGCAUGGUUUGCUGGUGCAGCUUGCUAAUCCGCGGCUGACCAACAUGGAUCGUGAGGCCAUCACGGCUGUGUUGCAGUUUACCAACACUCAACAGCAGCAACAACAGCAUCAGCAGCAGCUAGAGAUGCUCUCCAGCACUGUGAUUGCCAGCCAAUUGCAGAAUUUACACAAUUUGGCCAUUGUGCAGCAAACGCUUGCCGCACGACAACAGCAACAGCAGCAACAUCAGCAGCAGCAGCAGCAACAACAACAACAGCAAACCCAACAAACACAGCCUGCGCAAUUGACGCAGGAAGAUUUGCGUGCGCAUGCCAACAACAUAAUGCGCAAUGCGGUUAUUAAGCGUAAAAUGGAGGAACAAACAUCCAAGUUGCUCAACAUGAAUGCAACAAGCAAACAUCAGCAGCAACAACUGCAGCAGCAGCCACAACCACGCGCUUCACUACCAGCCAUGUUGGGCCAAAGAGCUGCAGGUCAGCAAACUUCAUCAAAUGCUUUGCUCAAUGCUCUUAUCGCUGGUAAAAGCCAUCAAGCAACGCAGCCAUUAUCACACCAACAACAGCCAACACAAUUGCCAGCGCCAAAUGCUGCACGACGUUUUACUGAAAAUGGCAAUUUUCAAAUGACUGAAAUGUCGCAGUCUGCUGCACUUUAUCAUCCAUAUUCACAGCAGCAUCAACAGCAGGCUCCGCUCAACAGCAACAACUUUAACAAAUCGCACAUUCAGCCAAUGGCAAUGUUGUCCAGCGGAAGUGGCGGCGAUGAGCUUCAUUAAAAAAUUUGCAUCGACAACAGUCGGUUUGAUGGCCAUUGGCGUCGGCUCCACGGCAAUCAUCUUUGCUACCCAUCGUUUUUUAAUCAAGCCCUAUCAGGAUAAAAAUCGUCGCCUUGAUGCCGAAGCC